AUGUCAGCUGAAGAAGUGAAAAUUGCCAACAGCAAAGAAACCGCCUUGGAAGUUGCCCAUGCGGCAGUAGAUAAGUUAUAUGAAUUCCGGGACCAUUAUUUUGAGCAUUUUAGCCUUGAUCAAGCUGUACACAAAGAUGAGAAUGUGGAGAAGAAAAUGCAUGAAUGUCUUGAAAAACUGACUUCACUGAAAGACAAUAUUCCCAGCAAAGCUACUUAUUCAAUGCUUCGAGGCAGAGCAUUGAAUGUUUUGCCUGUUUACAACAAAGAAGCUGAGAGUUUGCUUUCAAAGGCUGUCAAAUUGGAUCCUAAAUUGGUUGAUGGUUGGAAUCAUCUUGGAGAAUGUUAUUGGAAGAACAAAGAUGUCACAUCAGCUAAAAAUUGUUUUAUUGGAGCUCUGAAUCAUUCAAAGAACAAAGUUUCUCUUCGCAAUUUGUCAAUGGUCCUUAGGCAGCUGCCAACAAAAGAUGCUUUUGAGAAAGCAGAUAUUGUUCGAGAAAGUGUGGAAAAAGCUAAAGAGGCUGUGGAAAUGGACAUUGCAGAUGGAAAUUCUUGGGCAAUUUUGGGUAAUGCUUAUCUUUCAUUAUUUUUUGCUGCUGGCCAAAAUCCUCGAGCAUUGAAACAAGCAAUGAGUGCCUACGCAUUAGCGGAAAGAGACCCAGUAUCUCGAAACAAUUCAGAUCUUCACUUCAACCAAGCUAUUGCUUAUAAAUAUCAAGAAGAAUAUCAAAAAGCACUGGAAGGUUUCUCAAAAGCUAUGGCCCUUGAUGCUGGUUGGGUGGAACCUCAAGAACAGGAAAUGCGCCUCAUGGAUUACCUGAGUCGGUUAACAACAUUGCAGAGCUCACAGGGUAAAAUGAAAGCUAAAAAGCUACAGAACCUUUGUAAAAGCAUAAUAGACAAUGACCUUGGCCCAUACAGUGGAGGAAGCUAUACUAACCAACGAAAUGAGACGAUCACAUUAAAUAAGAAAAAACUGAAGGACUUAAAAUCUGGUGUCAAUCUUGAAACAGUAGUGGUUGGCAAAGUUGUGUGUACAGUGGCUAAUGAUGAAUCUAUUCCUUUCACUUUCUGCUUCAUUGAUGAAGAAGGUCUGUGCCUCUCUGUGACAGUAUACAAUAUUGGACAAGGGUAUGGGGUGAAGAUUGGAGACUCUGUUGCAAUUCCAGAACCAUUUGUUCAAGAUGUUGAAGUUAAUUAUAAAGACAAGGUAUUUUCUUAUCGUGGCAUUAGAGUGGACACACCUGUUGUUUUGGUGGUAAAUCGACGUAAGCUUGGCCUUGAUAAACAGGCCCCAACGGUACUUGCACUUAGUACCCUAACAGACUGA